UAUUCCUACAUGGAACCAUCGAAGUCUGCUAACUUUACAUUAUCAAAUAAACCUUGUACGAUUUUCGCUCCAAUCAACGCUGCUUUUCAGAAACUGAGUGAUAUCAAGGGUGAAACGGAGUCACUGGUUUUAUAUCAUAUGGUUAGUAUACCGAAAACAACGGACCAGCUUGGCAGCUCCUAUACAUCCCUGCCUACGGAACUAUCAGGAAGUCCUCCAAUCUGGAUUACUCACAUAUCCGGAAGCUACCACAAUGAUAUAUACGUAAACAACGCCAGGAUUUUGGUUAGCCAGUCAAACAUCCAAAGCUCCGUGAAAGAUUUAUCACAGGUUCUUCACAAAAUCGACGAAGUUUUGAUCCCCACGAUCUCGCCCAGCACCGUGUCGAACAGGGUGUACAACCCCUCAGCGUGGGAGUUCCUUGACAAUUACGACUCUCUCAUCUCUAACAGUCAGAGCCCUUUUAGAGUCAGGAAUUUUCAUCAGAGAGUUCAGCAGAAGGGCAAGCAGGACAUCUACAAAGUCGAAGGGGGCCACACGUUCUUCAUUCCGAUCGAUGAAGGAUUUGGGAACGACAGGGCCGCUUCUAUCGACGAGAAGAUAAUUGAUGGACACGUCAUCCCUCAGCAAGUGCUGUUCACAACGCCAACUAGAAAAGACGUGCCAUAUCAGACGCUGGCAAAUGGAGACAACAACAUCAGGGUUGUUAUUUUAUUUACGCAAGAACAAAGAGGCAACGAAGUUGUCAAUUACGUCAAGAGCCAUACCCUCUUCGGUGACGGUAACCACACCCCCGGAGUUGUACUGGCCCAAAUCGUACGUCCAAACAUCCCCGUCAAAAACGGUGUAAUCCAUCUCAUUCAGAAACCAUUAAUGGUUGUCGACGGAUCUGUCAAGAAAUUGCUAGAGGAACAAGACGGUCGCAUCCUCAGCAACUUCUUUAAAGCUAUCAGCGAUUCUGGUGCAGCUGGUGAGGAUUUCCUUAGGACUUUGGACAAAGGACAUGACAUUACCCUAUUUGCUCCUUGCAACAAAGCGUUGGAAGGAGAUAUGGUUUUGAACUCUAUAAUCCAGGACAAGACGAAGUUUAUGGAUAUUCUUAGGAUGCAUUUGGUGGUUGACAAUAGGUUGUAUGUUGAGAAGAUUCUGCAGGAGGAAACUCAUGUGAGGUCCUUCCAGGCUAAUACGCUCAACAAGGGCAAGAACCUGUACUUCAACGUUGUAGCUGUUGGCACAAACAGGACUUUGACUGUAGAGGGGGGUGGUGUGAACGCCACUGUUAUUCAGCCCGACUUGGCCGCCACCAACGGCAUCAUCCAUAUCAUCGACAGAGUUCUAGGAGUACCUUACAGUACCGUAUAUGACAAGCUAAGAACAGAUCCAAUGCUUAGGGACACAUUCAACUUGGGCAACCUUCAAACUUUCAACCAGCAGCUGAACAACACCGAUAAGAGAUUUACAUAUUUUGUUCCAAGAAACAAGGCUUGGUAUGAUGCUAAAGUUGCUCUACCGUCCGCUAUUAAAAAGCUAUUCAUGAGAGAAUACGCUUACCAUGCCACAGCAACCCUAGAACGUCACUUAGUAAUCUCAGGUGAAGCGUACUCCAUGGAGAGGAUCAAGCAAUUAUCCAACGACACCAACACGUUCGGUACUUUCGGCCAACAACGAGAAGUGGAGCUUCCUACCGCUAGAGGGUCCUUGAAGCUCUACGUUGAAGAGAGACAGGACAAUACGUUCAUCAUUGUGUGGAAGGGCGAGAAAAUCCCAGUUUUCCGACCAAACGUCGAAUGCACUAACGGCAUCAUCCACGUCAUAGACGCCCCAUUUUUGAAGGAGAGCGACAUCCAAGUGAGCGGUGCCGGCUUCGUCGCAUCCCAGAUAGCCAUGACUGUCAUUUCCAUACUGAUCCUGGUUUAAGCGGCAUGUUAGCCAGGGAUUAGUUGUAAGUUUUGCGUCGUACAGGGUUUUUGUAAAGAGUUGUUGGGCGAAUGUGGUUGAGACGUUUUUAUGGAACGACUUAUAGUUUGUAAUAACACUGCACGUUGUCGAAAAUACUUGGUGAGGUUAGCAAAAAAAGGAUGAGGGGACAUUUGUUUAUAUUUUGAGAUAUUGGGAAAAAAUGGCAUCUGUGUGAAGAACAGCUUAAAUAAUUAUUGAACGCUUGUAUCGAAUGGCUUUAAAAUUAUUCGGUUUAUCAAAGAGCAGCAGACGUGGCUUCAUAGCUCAAAAUAUAUCACAAUUGAUCACUGGAUUGUAAACUCUAUGAUUUAAAAUAGGGCUUUUCUACUCUUCUUAUUUGUUUCGAGAACUUGUCAUAUGUCGUAUAACAUGAAUAAUAUGUCGUAAGACAUAUGACAAGUGCCCGAAACGAAUCAAAAGCGUUCAAAAACCCCUUUAAAGAGGAUUUCGUUUUUGGCAAUUGCAAAUGAUUGGUUAUUCUGUUGGGUUAGUCCUUUGAAACUCUUUUUUUGUUAUCUAUGUGUUUGCGCCAUCCCGUAUAAAAAGGUAGAAAUGUGUGUGUACGCAGCGAGCUGCUACUUGAUUGAUUGCAGAAAUCAUUAUUAUCGACCUGUGUAGGGAUCUGCAUGGUAGCGUCGCGCGCAGGCGUGAUAUGGGAAUGUAGACCUUAAUAAUAUCCAUUAGAAAAUUGUAUGUACUUGUAACCGCUAAAAAUGUAACCAAGUUUGUGCUUAAAAUAAAUUGUGUUUGCAUCCGGA